AUGCAGGAAAAACAAAAAGAAGAUGAUGAGGGAAAACCUGAUGAUGCAAUUCAAGACCUCUUGGUGAAGUCCAUGACAGACCAAAUCAACUACCGCCAACAACAAGAUCCUAGCUUCGUUUGCCCGGAAAGAUUACAACUGUGGAAGGAUGAAAAGAAUGAAGACAGUGAGAAGAAAAUGAAGGAAUUGUGGGAUAUAUUUAUCCAAGCAGAAAAGAGAUCAAAGGAGCUGGAAGUGGAGUUGGCAACAUACAUAGAGAAAUUAGAUAAUGAAGAAUGUGUGACUGCCACCAUGACAGUGGAAUCUACAGUUCAGCUUAAUGAAAUACAAAAUCUGAAAAGGAGGAUUGCAGAAUUGGAAGGCAAGGAAACUGGUAUUGACAUGGAGAAGAUUGCCAAGAAAAAGGAGAUUCAAGAAAAGUACAAGGCAGAAAUUGAAAGCUUGUUGUCAGACCCAACAAUCUUUGAAAUGGAGAUGGAUCUGCCUACAAAACAACCAACACAACCAGUUGAAGAGAAAGAAGAAGAAAAGAAAGAAGAAGAGAAGCAACAAGAAGAGAGAGAAGAAGAGAAGAAGCAAGAUGCUCCAACACCUGAUGUUCCUUCAAGAGUACAAAGGGUGAAGAACAGAGAAAGAAAGAGGCUUCAAGCAUCUUGCUAUGUGUACGAAAAAAAUAAGAAAACAAAAAAGGAGGCAAAAAAGGAUGAUGAAGAACUACCACAAUUCAAGCUUAUCUCUUCCGAGGAGUUAACACAAGAGGCAUCUCAGCCCGAUGCCACAAAUCCAAUUCCUGACCCCCCUAAAGGAACGAGCCUUCAUGAUUCAAUACCUGUGGAUCUACAACAAUCAAGUGAUGAAGAUGAAGCACAAGAAAAGCAAACAAAGAAAAAACUAGGAUGGGGUCAGAAAAAGGUGUGGCAGAAAAUUCCAAAGCCGGACAGGGAAAGCAUUGAAAAACACUACUUAAGCACUCAACUUCGUGAUAUCUUCUGGGCAGGACUCAAUGAUGAGAAAGUGACAAACCAUGAUCUCAAAGAUAUUGUAUGGGACCUGGAACUGUCACAAAACGUCAUUGAGGCCUAUAUCCAAAUAGAGGAGGAUAAAAUAGAGCCCAUGCAGACAGAGAGUCCACAGUACAUGUCCACAUGGACUUGGUUCUCCACCAAAAUCUGUCUCAAAUCUGAAAACAAGCAUUGA